AUGUAUUGCCAGAAGUGUCGGACACCGCUAAAGUUGGACGGCUCUAUUGAGUCGCUCAACCCAGCUGCAUUUGAGCUACUUGCCAACUCUACAGGCAAGGCGCUCUCAGAACAUAUAGCUACUUCCACCACAGCUCGCACCUCCUACCCUUCAGAACGACAUGAAUUCUACGAUCGCACUUCUAAAAAUGCCUCUCAAGCAGUUUAUAGGAGAUCCAUCCCCGCGCCACGGUCGGGCACCCAAGCUCACCCACCCGGUCUACCACGAGGCGAUAGCGGAAACAUGUCUUUUGUGGUACUUACAGAGUCACAGUUUGUGCCUCCAGUAGAAACCCGUCUACCAUCACGACCCAAGCGCAAAGGCUCCCAGAGUCAGGACCAUAGCCGGGAAGAUGGGACCUUACCCAACCAGGUUGAGAGAGCGAGCCGUAUCUUUGAGAUCGUCUCAUCACGCUCAGAUGUCGACCAUCCCAUCUGUGUCGAGUGUACAGAGAUGGUAGUUGAAGGGUUACAGAAGCGUCUAGCUAGCUCCAUCAAAGAGCGCGAUGCAUACAUCUCGUUUCUGCGGACCUUGACUGCAUCGGUUCCAUCCGCGGAAGAAAUAGAGUCAGCAGAGAAAUCAUUGCAAGAGAGCCUAGAGUCCGAGCAGGCGAAACUUGCGGAGCUCGAGGCUCUGGAACAAGAAAGGGCUACUCUGGAUGAAGAGAUCGGAACGCUUGAAGAAGAGUCGCGGCAACUCGAUGUGCAAGAAGAGGCCUACUGGCGGACCCGCAACAGCUUUUCUUUGACAUUGGCAGAGUUCCAAACGGAGCGGGACGCCUUGAACAUGCGUUAUGACCACGAUUCACAGCAACUGGAGCGCUUGCAACGUACAAACGUUUACAAUGAUGCGUUUUGCAUCGGGCAUGAUGGGUACUUUGGGACGAUCAAUGGGCUGCGGUUGGGUAGACUUGCUAAUCAAUCUGUUGAAUGGCCAGAGAUCAACGCAGCUUGGGGCCAAACAUGUCUGCUCCUUGCAACGAUUGCAGAACGUCUGGGCUUUCAGUUCCAGGGGUAUCGAUUGAAGCCCAUGGGUUCCACCUCGCGGAUCGACAAGAUCGAGUCCCCGGCGCAUCCAAGCGGCACAGCUGCCACUGAACGCGUCGCGCCCAAGAUCACUCAACUGGACCUCUUCUCGACCGGGGAUCUCCCGCUCAAUCUCCCCUGGAUCCACCGCCGCUUUGAUGCGGGUAUGGUGGCGUUCCUAGAGUGUCUUCGCCAAUUGGGCCAGUACGUCGAGUCCACACCAACGCCGGCCCCUUCACGCCGAGGCCCGACUGGUGCAACCACCCCAGGGCUACGACUGCCCUAUGAAAUUAAAAGGGAUCGUAUUGGGGAUGCUAGCAUCAAGCUCGGGUUUAACCAGAAUGACGAAACGUGGACUCGAGCAUGCAAGUACACCCUGACCUGCUGCAAGUUCCUACUAGCGCAUGCGAGCAACGUCGCUAGUGCAGGCUCGAACAAUUCGGCCGUUGCGGCAGCAGCCGUGGCAGCAGCUGAGCAGACCCGACAAUCCGCCCCCAGUCCAUCCAGUCCUACGAUAAAUAAAGCAUGA